GGCUUGUGGAGCUUCACCCUCACUUACAUUGCGAUGUCUCCCCACUUCAUCCUUCCCGACCUGGAGUCGCCGGUGUGCGCGCUGUUUCCAAAGGCGACAAACCCUCACUAUGGCGCAGUCCUCGACGAGUCCCGCGAAUGGUUCGAUUCCUUUUCCUUCUUCCCCGACAAGAAGCGUGCGUACUUCCAGCAAUGCAUUUUUGAGCUCCUUGCCUCGCACUCCUUUCCGUAUGCGGAGUAUAGCAAGUUCCGCGUAUGUUGUGACUGGUUGAACUUGGUUUUUGCGUUCGAUGAAGUCAGCGACGAGCAGAAUGGCCCAGAUGCAAGAGAGACAGCGAAUGUCUACAUUCGUGCUAUGCGCGGGCUCACGGUCGACGAAGGAGACAAGCUUUACCAGGCAACUAAGGAGUUCCGGGAGCGUCUCAUGGUAGGCAUCGGCCCGCGAUGCUUUGAACGCUUCAGCAAGCACAGUGAAGACUACGUGAAUGCUUGCGCUGUGGAGGCUCAGCUGCGCGACGAGGGAAAGAUCCUCUCUAUCCAGGAAUUUUUGCCUGUACGGCGAGACAACAGCGGCGUACGCCUAGGAUUUGAUCUAAUUGAGUACUGCCUGGGCAUUGACUUGCCCGAGUUUGUCUUCAAAAAUCCGACCUUCCAGGAGUUUUACUGGGCAAGUCUUGAUAUGAUUUGCUGGCAGAAUGAUCUAUACUCGUACAGUGUCGAGUCGGCGAAAGGGAUUGGUGCCGUCAACUUCAUCACCGUCGUCAUGGAGGAGCUAGGCCUUGACAUUCAGGGCGCUGCGGACUACGUUGGCGAGGUUUACACGCGACUCUUCAGCCAAUACGAGCAUGGCCGGAAGAACUUGCCAUCCUGGGAUCCGGAAACGGACGUGGCGGUGGCGCGAUAUGUGAAUGGUAUCGGAUGCUGGCUUCGCGGCAAUAUUGACUGGAGCUUCGAGACCCCCCGGUACUUUGGUCAAGACGCCCUCGAGGUGAGGCGCACCAGGAUUGUCAAGCUGUCUUCGAACGACCGCGAUGGAACAGAGAACGGCGAGUCCGUCGUGUAA